AUGUAUCCUACCACUAUCAUGCGCAUGCAGGCCACCCGGCCUUUCGCUUUUCCUGCUCCUAAGGAAAACCACAGCGCCCACACGAUCUCCCAGCGUCUGCGCACCCUCAAGCGCAUCCCCCCGGAGUUGAUCCCUCUUGGUAUCGUCGCUGUCGGUGCUGCCAUCUACUCCAGCUCCAAGAAGCUCAUGACCGACAAGACCCUCCGUCUGUACCGCAACAGCCCCGAGUCCCGUGAGCACUAG